AUGAACAGCCAGAAUCUCCACGGCCACGGCGGCGGCGCGCCGUACGAUCGGGAGCGCGAAAUGGAUGAACGACAUCGCGCCAUUCAACAGCACGAAGAGAUGGCUCGCCGCGACCAAGAACGAGAGAGAGAGCGCGAACGAGAACGAGAGAGCGACCGUUACCCUCCGGCACCGCACCAGAGCAGCGCGGGCUCAAUUCCCAUUCACCAGCCGGUGGCAUCGCGGAUCUCCGGUGCCAUCCACAGUCCCGGAGGACUGCUCGCAAAUCAUAAUGGAAACGCGCCUCCCAUCUCACUUGGCGCUCCGUCGGGGCCCCUGGGCACCUUUGGCGGACCUCUACAGAGUGAGCAUGGGCGACCGAUCCAACACGGCGGGCCAGGCGGUGCGAACGGGCAACACCAGAUGUUUGCAUCGAUCUCUCAUACACAACCUCCUCCCAAUAACUCACAAGCGGCGCCCGGCGGCGGUAUAUUUGGCGGACCUCUGCAGCCUCAACAUCAGCAAGAUGGAGGCCGGGGAGGCCAGCAAAAUGCCACCAUGGUUGGUGUAGCUCCUGGUGGGCACCAGAUGCCGGGUGGCAUCACACAGGGCCAGCAGCCCAUUUUAAAUGAUGCCCUUACCUAUCUUGACCAAGUCAAAGUGCAGUUUCACGACCAACCCGAUGUUUACAAUCGUUUUCUGGACAUUAUGAAAGACUUUAAGAGCCAGGCGAUUGAUACACCUGGGGUGAUUAACCGAGUCUCUGAACUAUUUGCCGGGCAUCCAAAUCUGAUCCAAGGAUUCAAUACCUUCCUUCCUCCUGGAUACCGAAUAGAAUGCGGAGCCGGUAAUGAUCCCAAUACUAUUCGAGUUACUACUCCUAUGGGGACUACAGUCCAGUCCAUCGCUGGGCGAGGGCCUCAGCCUGAUGGCCAUGGGCUUGCAGUUGGUGGCCAGCCCUUGUUCCCCGAACGUGGAAGCCAAUGGCAACAGCGACCCCAGCACAGUAUUGAGAGCCCAGAGGCUGCCUUUAGUACCCCAGUUCAAAAUGGGGCAAACUUGUUCGUUCAAGCUGCGACCCAAGGUGCGUUUGAUGGCCCAGGAGGUCACCAACAACGCAACCCCCCUCAGAUGCCAGGAAGCGCAGUCAAUGGCGGUGCUGCUAACCCGGCAAACAUGGAACGCCGCGGCCCCGUUGAGUUUAAUCAUGCCAUCAGUUAUGUCAAUAAGAUUAAAAACCGCUUUCAGGAUAAGCCGGAGAUAUAUAAACAAUUCCUUGAGAUUCUUCAGACUUACCAGAGAGAGCAAAAGCCGAUCCAAGAUGUGUAUGCCCAAGUGACAACCCUCUUCAACUCGGCACCGGAUCUCCUGGAAGACUUCAAGCAGUUUUUGCCGGAGUCUGCUGGCCAAGCUCGGGCACCUCCUGGUCGUCCGGACGACGGCGCCGUUGCUGGAUCCAGCCACACGCCUCAACCCGGCAUGAGGGAUGGGCAGAAGAUGCCCCCCUUGGGGAGCUUUCCCCCACCUGUCAGUGCCGGUAAGGACAACAAGAAGCGGCCGCGGACUGAUAAGCAAACCCCUACUCCCGGCGCCCUUCUUACCGAAGCCCCCGUUGCAACCCGCAUCCCUCCACAAAAUAUCAACGGCAGCAAGCGGCCGAAACUCAGCCACGCGAGAGGCAGCGGGGAUGGCAUCUCCAUUGAGCCCACCCUUACGCCUGUCAUGCCUGAACCUUACCCCCCUCGUUCUCCUGCAACUUCAAACCAGGAAGAGAUUGCGUUCUUUGAGCGGGUUAAGAAGUUCCUCAGCAAUCGCCAGAAUAUCAUUGAUAAGAACACUCUGUAUCACAAGGGUGCCCUUUUCAUUGGUGCCAGCCCAGAUUUGAUGGCUUUCUGGAAGGCAUUUGUUGGCGUCGACUCCCAGGAUGUAGUUAUUGACAACAGGCCUGCACCGCCGCUUGAAAAGGUGUCCCUGAGCAACUGCCGCGGGUAUGGCCCAAGCUAUAGACUCCUGCCAAAGAGGGAGCGCCUUAAGCCUUGCAGCGGCCGUGAUGAACUUUGCAAUUCUGUCCUGAACGACGAGUGGGCUUCGCACCCAACCUGGGCUAGUGAAGAUUCUGGGUUUGUCGCUCACCGUAAAAACCAGUUUGAAGAGGGCCUUCAUCGCAUCGAAGAAGAGCGCCAUGAUUACGAUUUCAACAUUGAAGCAAACCUGAAAUGUAUCCAGCUACUGGAGCCUAUUGCUCAGCAGAUGCUUGCAAUGUCCCCAGCCGAAAGGGAGGCAUUUCACAUGCCCUCCGCUCUUGCUGGCCAAAGCACUUCCAUCUUCAAGCGCAUAUGCAAGAAGAUUUAUGGAGAGCGUGGUAUUGAUGUCGUCAAUGACAUGUAUACCAACCCAUUCGACGUCAUCCCUGUGCUUCUAGCUCGUAUGAAGCAAAAGGACGAAGAGUGGCGCUUUUCGCAGCGUGAGUGGGAAAAGGUGUGGCAUGCUCAAACGCACAACAUGCACCUGAAGAGUCUGGACCACAUGGGCAUCCUAGUCAAAUCAACAGACAAGAGGAACCUGACGGCAAAGCAUCUGGUUGAUGUAAUCAAGACCAAGCAUGAAGAGCAACGUCGCGAGCGCAUUCUUAAGGGCAAAGCUCCUCGCCACCAGUUUGUUUGGGAUUUCAAAGACAAGGAGGUUGUCCUCGACCUCUUGCGCCUGAUGAUGCUGUAUAGCAUGCACAAUGGGCAGCACAGCGGUCAAGAGAAGGAACGUAUCCUCGACUUCUUCGAGACGUUUGUCCCUGCCUUCUUUGAUCUCCCCGAAGACGUGGUUCAGGAGAGAGUCCCAAAGAUGCAGCCUGAAUCUGGCGAAGAGGAGAUUGAAGAUCAGACUCCGGCUGAGCUAACCAACGGCCGCAGUCGCCGCAACGGAAAGAAGGGUGAUCUCCUUAGAGGGGUUCUUGACCCUGGCCGAAACGGCAGCAAACCACGGAACCAGAAAGAGGACAGCGCUGCUUCUGGCAGCAAGGAGACAACCCCUGAGGUCGGAUCUGCCAAUGAAGAAGAGAUGGCUGAUGCUAACGAAGACUCUGCCGUCCCCGAGGUGUCGAACGAGCGAUGGAUGCCAAGUAUCCCUAAGCCAGUUGUGGUCGGAGACAGCGAUAAUGCGUUCCUGGACGCCGAUGGCGAGCUCAAGGCAGACGGCUUCUUCACUCGCCCGUGGUAUAACUUUUUCUGCAACCAAACCAUGUUUGUUUUCUUCAGCAUCUUCCAAACGCUGUACUCGCGACUCCUGGAUAUCAAAGACAGCAAGGAGGCCGUUGCAGUUGAGAUUCACCGCCUCAACAAGCCUAAGCCUGCCCGAGAUCUUGGAUUCACUGAGAACCACAUGACAUUCUUCGAACCCAAUGAAGAGCCUGCCAAGUUUUGGCCCAAGACUCUUGAGCUUAUCGAGGAUUACAUUACUGGCGAGAUUGACGAGAACCGGUACCAAGAUGUCAUGCGACACUAUUACUUGAAAAACGGCUGGAAGCUGUACACUAUUCAAGAUCUGCUCAAGACUCUCUGCCGCCUGGCUCUGACUUGCAAGAGCCUCGACUCGAAAGAGAAGACGCCGGAUCUUAUCCAGCAGUACAUGGCCAACCGAGAACGAGAGGAAACGAGCUACCAGACUGAAAUCAGCGCGAGAAAAUUCGCUGAGAAAUGUGUGAAGGAUGGCGAUCUGUUUGUUAUCUGCUGGUUCCCUCAAAAAUCAGAAGCUACGAUUCGAUGGCUCCAGCGAGAUGAGACGACCUUUUAUAUGGAUGAAAUGCGUCUGCGUGAGAGGUGGCAAUAUUACAUAUCUUCCUUUAUUCGAGUCGAGCCUACCGAAGGCGUUCCUCGAUCGAAGCUGCAGAAGGUUGUUCUGACUCGUAAUCUGCCCUCUGGAGAGUCCGACUCUGAUGAGGAUGCUAUCCCUAAGCCGGUAUCUUAUAAGGAAAACCUCACUGUCAGCAUUUGUCUCAAGAGUUCAAAGAUGAUUUGGGCACCUGGUACUUCCGAGUAUUUUAUUUACGACCAAGCGCCAAAGUCCAAGGAGCAGCGCGAGCAGCGCGAAAAAUUCACAAAGACGCUCAGCAACUUUCGCGAGCUGAAGCUUCUUGAGAAGAUGGUGCACAACCCAGUGUGGGCCAAGGAUAUGAGCCCCGAGGAAGUCCAAGAGCAGAACAAGAACUUCCGCAAGUGGAUGGACGAGGGAAUCUCUCCGGCUGUUUCUAAUGAGGAUGUGGAUAUGGAUUAA